AUGGGAUUCUGCUUCCUCUGCAGUGGUCUGGUCGACACCCAGGAAGCUGGCAGAGCUCAGCGGUCAACUGAAGGUGAAAAAAGGCUUCACAGAGCAGGCCUGGCAACUGCUGCCCAGCAGCAGCUGGCUCACCUGAGGGCUCAAGUUACCAACGCUGCAGUUAGGAAGAGGAAGACUGUUCAGAUCGAUCCCAACACGAAGUUUGCGAACAUCAGGGAUAUCCAUCGGGCUCAAAUCGAAGCGGGUGAAAAGGAGGUUAUUACGGCUGAAUCCAGCGACUCUGAAUGCCCUAGUGAGGCUGGCAGUUGUAUUGUAGUGGGUGUGGUUGAGGAUCAAUAG